GGGCCAGGCCGGGCCGGGGGGGAUGGGGGCGGUCGUCCGUCAGUCCCCGCGGGACCCGAGUGACCGACCGCGCUGUGUUUCUGCCCUAGUUCGCCACCGUGUACAAGGCGCGGGACAAGAGCAGCGGCCGGAUCGUGGCCAUCAAGAAGAUUAAGCUUGGACAUAGAUCAGAAGCUAAAGAUGGAUGUGAAGCCAAGCUUGAACAUAGCUCCAAGACUGAUGAGAGAGAAUGCCAGACAUCUCUCAAGAAUUCAUUAGUGAGAUCUGAGACCAAUGUUGGUACUCAUGCCUCUGAUGGAACAGAAUAAGGGCCCAAACGUGUUCUGGAGGCACACAUCUCACCUGGAGAGGUCCAUGAUGCAGAAGUGGCCUGAACCAGGACUGCAUUUCCUGAAUCAACAGAACAGCCCUCAGGGAAAUAAAACUGUUACAGGAGUUAAGCCAUCCAAAUAUUAUUGGUCUUCUUGAUGCAUUUGGACACAAAUCCAAUAUUAGUUUGGUGUUUGAUUUCAUGGAAACAGAUUUAGAGGUUAUAAUUAAGGAUACUAGUAUUGUGCUGACUCCAUCUCACAUCAAAGCAUACAUGCUGAUGACACUUCAGGGCUUAGAAUACUUGCAUCAACACUGGAUUCUACACAGGGAUCUCAAACCAAACAACUUGUUACUAGAUGAAAAUGGGGUUCUCAAGCUGGCUGAUUUUGGCUUGGCAAAAUCUUUUGGAAGCCCCAAUAGAGUCUACACACAUCAGGUAGUAACAAGAUGGUAUCGAGCACCGGAGCUGCUGUUUGGUGCUCGAAUGUAUGGCGUAGGUGUUGAUAUGUGGGCUGUUGGCUGUAUUUUGGCAGAAUUGCUCCUAAGGGUCCCAUUUUUGCCAGGAGACUCUGAUCUUGAUCAGCUGACGAGAAUAUUUGAAACAUUGGGCACUCCAUCAGAAGAGCAGUGGCCUGGUAUGACAAGCCUUCCAGAUUAUGUAACAUUUAAGAGUUUCCCUGGAACACCGCUUCAGCAUAUCUUCAGUGCAGCUGGUGAUGACUUGCUAGAUCUUCUACAAGGUUUAUUCACAUUUAAUCCUUGUAUUAGGGUCACAGCUACUCAGGCAUUGAAACAGAAGUAUUUUAGUAACCGACCAGGACCAACUCCAGGAAGUCAGUUGCCAAGACCUAACUGUCCUGCAGAAGCCUUAAAGGAGCAACAGAAUCCACUUGUAAAUUUAAAAAGGAAGCGAACAGAUGGAAUAGAUCAAGGAUUACCAAAAAAGUUGAUUUUUUGAUUGCCAUGGAUGGUGAAUGAAUGAUGCUGAAAACUGACGGUGAAAUAGCCUGAGACCAAAACAGUGGGAAAAUGCUAUGAGGAUAAUGGACGUUUUUCUUGAAAAAUUAAUUUGUAAUAUAUUUAUAUGUGUAAAAUACAAUACUUAAUAUGUCAGUGUUAAAAGUGUGAUGUUUUAUUAAGUCUAGACCUUUUUGAAUAAAAAGUCUCUCUUAUUUUUAA